CUCACCUGGGCUGGGCGUGUUUAUUUUCUUCCCCUGGUUUCCAUCCGUUGGUUGGAGCGUCGGGUUACCUGCCAACCUGACCCCUCCCUGUUCCUCUUUGUGCAGGUAUCUCUCUCUACGGCUCCGCACACCUGGGCAGAGAUUCCUGGUAAGGAAAAGCAACAGGUAUAUCUAUCCUUCUCUAAGGUAAAGGAGCAGAUGGAGGACUGUGUCUCUUUUGGGAAGCACCUGAUGAUGCAAGGGAUCCAUCCGAAAGGCCUUGGGAUACCUGUUUAAUGAUUGACAGGUGGGGAAAGCAAAAGGUCAGGCUCUACAUUGGAAAGGGUGUCGGGUUGCCGGGCGGAUUUCUUCUCCCCGGCACCAUAGGACCCAAUACAGCCUAGCUUUCCAGUUCUCCCAGGUCUUGAACGCAUUCCUCCAAAGAGCAUCAUGUCCUGCGGAUGCUCGGUGAUCCCUCGGAGAAGUUGCACGCAUCCAGAACCGGGCAGGUAGCAGAUCCGGGAUCCCAUUGACGUCUCCAAGGAUGCAGAAAGUGGACUUGCAGAAUGGGCCUCUCCCAUUGGAGCCUCAGCAGCAUGGGAUGCCGGAAUUGGAUGCUCAGGACCUGUGCACGGCGUCUGUGGAGAGGCGCAUCAGGCAGGACCAAGCAUGGCAGCUCCAGAAGACCCUCCAAGACAUGGUUUUCCAAUUCCAGGACUGGCUGCGCUUAGCCGAAGCGGUGGCCUCGUCCCCGGCGUCUUCCCAGGUCUCUUUCGCCCGUUCCAAGAAAGAGCUCCAAAGGUUCGAGGCGCUGCAAAGACAGGUCUCCGACAAGCUGUUGCCUUUGGAAGCCUUGAACCGACAAUACUGUCGGCUGGUGCGGAGAGGCGGUGUUUGCCCUGAAAUCAAGUCCCGGGUUCAAGAUGUCAACCGGCGUUGGGAUGCUUUGAAGGUUUGGUCCGCAGUCGUCUCCAAGAGGCUGAAGCAUGUUGUGAAGCAACGGGAAGAGUUCGAAUCGGAGCGCGAGACCCUCCGGCUGUGGCUGAUGGAGCUGGACCUCCGCCUCACCGACGUGGAGCAUUUUUCGGGCGGCACAUCCUUGGAAAAAAUGAUCCAGCUGCAGGCCUUCCAGGAAGAUGUGCAGGCCAAUGCGGAGCGCGUGGACCACUUUCUGGUGCACGGGGAGCGCCUGAUCCAGAAGAGCCACCCGGAAGACGCUGAGAUCUUGGAAGAGGAGCUGCAGGACCUGAGCUGCUUCUGCCAGGAGGUCUUCCGCAGGGUCUUCCGCUUCCGACGGAGACUGGUCAGCAUGAGGCUGGUCUUUGAGGACGAAUGGCUGUCGGACCGUGACAGCGACUUCUCCGAAGGCUCCUUGCAAUUGGACAGAGAGGAUGCCGGGCAACCUAUAGGCCUCCAUUGCCAAUCCACCCCAAAGAAAGCCCUCCUGCCUUGCAAAAGGGCCUCUGCACAUGAAGGGGGGAUGAUGGAUUUGGAGUGGGACCCUUCCGUGGAUGUCGGAGGUUCCACGUCGCACGACGAAGAGGACUCUUCCUACUUCAGCGCCACUACCGGUGUGGGCCUUUGGGAAGAGCCUCGCCGGAGGAGCCUCGCAUCUCGCUGGGUGUCCAGCUCGUUGCCGUUGAGGAGUGACAGCCGGGAAGACUUUGCGGAACAAAACGUAUUGGGAGAAGAGUGGGAAAAGUUGGAUUGUUCCAUUGCAAAACAGAGACCAAAAACCUGCAAUUUAGGGAAGUCACUUUCUUGGGAAGCAUUUGAGGGGUGCCAGCAACCCCCAAAAUGGACCUCGGAGAAAGAAAAAGGCUUCCAUCUCAUUGAACCGGUUGGAUUUGACCCCGAACGGAUCAAGUCUUGGCUGGGACAGAAUUGCCAAGAAUUGCAGGCGGAGAUGCAGCAACAAGAUGCUGCAACGUGCCCGUCCGCUCCUCCAUCUGCCAAAGGGAAUCUUCCAAUGCAAUCCUCAGCAACUGAGCACCAAGAAAAGCAACAGCAGGCAAAAAAGAAAGCCAAAUCCGUCAUCACCUCCUCGCCUGGUUUGGCGAGCAAUGGCCAGAUCUCCAGGGAGAAAUUGCCCGGUGCCCGGCCUGCGGAAAUCGCCAUCGCCGUAGAAAAGGGGUACAACCCAGGGCCUUGUGUGGACUUCUCCAUCAUCCAGUCUCCAAAAACCAUUCCCAUUUGGAACAAAGCAAAGAUGUUGUUGUUGUUGUUCUUCUCGUUCGUGUUGCUUCUCUUCUUCUUCGCUGGCCCUUCUUCGUUCCCUUUCUCCAAAACCUCGUGUCUGCAAGAGAACAGCUUUGCAAAAUCAUUCCACGUCAUGCUGAAAUACACCGGACCGCCACCCAUUUAAGCACAGGCCAACUUGGGCCCUCCAGGUGUUUUGGACUACAACUCCCACAAUUCCUAACAGCCGGUAGGCUGUUAGGAAUUGUGGGAGUUGUAGUCCAAAACACCUGGAGGGCCCAAGUUGGCCCGUGCUUGCAUUAUCCUCACUGCUAUGUAUAUAUUUGGCAUCUAAGAUUUCUAAUAAACGGAAGAGAAUAAGGUGA